UUCUUUGACAGCCGGUUGACAGCUCUCUGAAACGUCUGAAAACAUUUAUUUUUUUGUUUUCGUUGAUGUUUAGUGUUUACAUUAUUGUGAAACAUUCUUAACACAGGGAUUUAUCGCUCAUAAAAUCAACGGAAUAAUGGCAGAGACACAAGUUAUUGUAGAUGCUCUACCCUACAUCGACCAAGGUUAUGACGAUCAGGGUGUUCGCGAAAUGGUUACUGCCAUGGUAGAAGAAGAGACAAGACGAUAUCGUCCGACCAAAAAUUACCUGGAAAAUCUCCCGCCGUUGAGCAUGAAUGCAUUUGAAACAGAAUUCAUGUCAAAUGAAUUUGAUCGCAUUCAAAAUCGUUUACCACUCGAACCAUUGAGUAUGAAACGUUACGAGCUGCCACCACCACCACCCAGUAGAAUCUCGGAUUUGUCUGCUUGGCAAGAAAGUGUCGAAAAUUCCAUGGCACAACUUGAACAUCAAGCAAUCCGAUCAAUGAAUUUGGAUUUAAUGCUCGAAUAUGGAUGCGAGGCGUGGAAAGCGUACUUGGAAAUAUUCACAUCGCUGCAAGCGAAGGCACAGAUUCGCCUACAGGCAAUCAAAAAAGAAAUUCAAGAAGUCAACUGGCAACGAAAACUGAAACAAACCCAGGCCGGUGACAAGCUGCGAUCAUUGGAGGCACAAUGGGUCAUGUUGGUAUCGAAAAACUAUGAAAUCGAAAAAGUGUGCGCCGAGCUUGAGGAAGAAAUUGCCAAACAUCGCGCACCUACAGCAUUAGAUGCAGAUACUGUAACAGAAGUAAAUGGUGACGAUAAUGCCGAAUAAAUUGAGUGAUGAUGAAUU